AAACUCUGCAGCGCUGGGUCUGAAGGCAGCCCGGAGGCAGCCUCGGAAGCCAGAACAAGUCGAAAGGCACCUAUAGCCAUGGCCGAGGGGGAGGCCCCAGCGCCGGCGGCGCUCAUCGAGCCCGACGAGCGCUCGACGGUCUCGUUAUGGUCCAGCACCAUGCGCCAGGCCAAUAAGGUCGACGAGAUCGCAUUAGUACUAAAGAAGAUGACCGCGCUCGAGACGAAGCUCGCCGAUCUGGAAGGGGAGCGCAUACGAGUGCGGGAACGCCAAGACGUAUUGCCGAGCGGUCCUUUACAAAUACACGGUGCCCAGCUGGACUGCGCCAAGGAGGUGCGCGUUUUAACCGGUCCAGUAGUAGGCCGCGUCGACAGCCGGUCUGCCGUGAUUUUACUCGAGACUGAUGUCUCUGCGAAAUUAGAGGUUGUGGUGUGUCUGCAGGCGGAGGGGAAGGAAGUGCGCAGGCAACCCUUGAAACUUAAGAGUAGACGACCGGGUAUAGUAGUACUGACACAGUUACAAGAUGACACGCGGUAUCAAAUUUUAUUUAGUGGCAUCCACCGACAGGACGCGCAAGAGCGCAUCGCCGAGUUCGUCACAUUGAAAAAUAGUGUGAGAGCAGGUGCCUUGUUCCAGGGCAUCGAGCAGGGCGACGAGCGCGACAACUACGACGAAGCGCGGUUCGUGGCCGUGGCUAGAGAUAGACCUUCUCUGGUAAAACCGGGCGAGUUUAAUCGCUGGGACACGAUCUACGAACGCGUGUCCCAGAAAGAUUUACCGCCCGUGAAUUUUAUGUUGCAUGUGGGAGGCCAGGUGGACCUUCAAAGUUCUUUUGAGGAGGCCUGGACGCUGCUGAAACGAGGAACGAUAGGAGAGGACGACCAGAAAGCUUUAGAAGAUAAAGCUCGAGAGAUUCUGAGGAGAGCCUACAGGCAUGCCUGGAACCUGCCACAUGUCAGGGAGACGUUAGCGUCGUGUCCGCACUUUAUGUUGUGUGGCGAGGGUGACGUGUACCCCAAGUUCCUCACGAAUAAGGACCUGGGGGAUGACGUCGGCGCUUGUGCGUUGAGGUGCGCGCGGCGCGUGUACUGGGAGUAUCAACGGCAGCUCUGGGACCCGCGCGUGCACGAAGUCAUAGAGUAUGAAGAAUCAUACGGGAAGACCAAGGAGAACAUCGAAAAAGCGAAAGAAGCCGUGAAGACCGCAGAAAAGGCCGCGCUGGCCGCGGUCAAGGACUGGGAGCGUUAUAUGAGUGAGAAGGCGGAGAUUCGGAGCCAGGUCGCGCACUUGGAUGGUGUGGAGUUAAGGAGAGAAUUAAGGAAGGUCAAGUGCCCGGUAGUGGAUGGGAGGACCGACGCGCAACUACGAGAAGACUACCUCAAACACAAGGCUUUGGGCCUGGACGAGUCGAAGCCGUUGCCGACGUGGCCGCCCCACGAGGCCCACCAGGCGGUCGAUGCGGCGCGCGCCGCCGGCGCCGCGAAGGAUGCCGGUGCUUCCGAUAGUUUCAGCUACGGCAUGGCGGCGCCGGCGCCCGCGGCGAAGACGGUGUCGUUCCAAGAGGAUGGCUUGGAUGACGAUUCGGAAGAGGAAGAAUCGGAGGAAGAGGAGGACGAGGACCUCGUGAAACGGGAUCCUGAUGAUACGAAGGAACGAAGGUACGAAGCCCGAGUCGCGGAGUUAGGUGCCGCGGUGAACGAGGCCGAACAAACAGCAAAGGACAUGCAGGAGCGCUUCGAGAACUGGGGCAACGCGGACACGCCGAACGCCGGGAAGGACAACGAGACGGCCCUACAUAUUUUGGGGCGGAUCGGCGUGCUUUUGUUGGAUACGAGGUGGUCUCAAAUUAGCGACAGAGGCGCCCAGCAGAAGGACGAACCUUUAGUAGCGGAGGACACCUGGAAGCAGCUCGAGCAUUUGCUGUUGUACGGUACCUAUGCCGGUUCGAUAACAGCAUUAGUGGUGUGCACGGACGAGCCGCCCGUGGACCCUUAUGCUAGAGACGACCUCCCGGAGGAGUCCUAUGCGAGGUUGGAGGCCAUUUCAUCUCGGUGGGCGAGGCACGAGAGUGAUCGCGAGGCGUUCCUGGGGCUCAUGUUUUGAUCUGUGUGGAAAUCAAAUUUACGGCGCGUUCGUCCUGAAUCGCCAUGUCGACCUCCACGCCAUUGACGCAACACCUGCUCGAUGGCGUGGCGAUGCUAGUUCCUCACCGCUCGACCGAGUGCACCCGACACACUGGCUGAUUUCCACACAGGUUUAGAUGGCUCCAGGGCAUGCAGAAUAGAUCAUUGGUCGUGAUCUGUGGCGGCGACUUGUGCGGAGGCGUCGAGACGCAGGUUGAAGACCAGCAGCAGGCCGAGGAACGGUCCAAGCGGCAGGAGGACGCCAAGCCGAAGCUCGACGAGUGGGGCCAGCCCAUUCAAGAAGGUCUGAAACCGGUAAGCGAGGCCUCGAACAACGACAAGUUCUACCGCCAGCUCGUGUGCGGCGGCGUCGCCGGCUCCAGUACUAAGAACGUCAAUCAUCUCAUGGGCGACGGCGGCGAGCUCGAGUUCAAUUCUAAAGAUGAUCGCGGCAAGCGGCAAUUACUGAAACUCCAGUACGACCACCGUCGGUUAAUCCCGUCGGAGCACUGCGCCUACGUCGAGGGGUUAGUAAGGGCGCCCGUCGACGCGACGGAGCCCGUGGACAUCCGGGCGGACAUCUGUUCGCUGUUUUUUGGGGGCGUCAAGGUCACCGUCGGACCUGUCAUUGGUCUCGUGACGGAAUCCACAGCCAUCAUUUUGUUGGAGGUCGAGUGGGAGGCGCCGGUCGGGUGCGUGGUCACGGACGCGCUGUCGGGCGAAAGGAUGACGAUUUUGAACCACCUCCCCAAACUAAGGCCGCACGCGUUCCGGGUCGAAGGUUUAAAACCGCACCGCCACUACCACGUCCGCUUCGACGGCGUCGAGGAUCCUGAAAAAAGACGCGGCUCCUUCACGACGUGUGCUUCCUUAGCGGCGCCGCGGCGGCCGCAGCCCGGCGACGACGUCGACGGCUGCGGUUUUGUUCGGUGUCUUUUCACGCCUUCGACGCGCACCGGUCGCUUUACGCAGGCGGGAGCCUCACGGCGCCGUACCAGAAGUCCUUUAGAGGUUUGUGCCUCGCGCGGGACGCGCCCGCGACCGACUCGACAUCGGCCGCGGACGGCGCGGCGUUGUUGAGUGCUUGUAGAGAGGCGCUCGACGAGGCCUUCGCGGGGACGGACUGCGUCUUCCACCUCGGCGGUUCGUUUCCCGCGUGGACGAUUCACCUUCGACUUCAGCGGAUGUAGUAGAUCCAAGAGUCCGGUGCGACCAAAGCUCCGCGACCGCCUUCACGCCUUCGCCGCAACCCAUCACACGCGCAGGUCAAGUGAACUUGGAUGCGGUCCAGGCCGACGCGGCCGGCGUGCUCGCGCAGGCGGAAAAUGCUUACGUGCGCGGCGACGAGGCGCAGGCGGGCAUGCUCGAGGACCGCGCGAUGCAGCGGCUCCGCGACGCUUAUAGGACGCACUGGAACCUGCCCGGCACGCGCGAGGUUCUUUCAAGAGGCGGCCGCGUCAUGGUACCCGGGGACGCAGACCUCGGGCGCACGCUCCUCCGCAAUAGUACGGAGGGCUACGUGCGCCGGACGCUACGGCGCAUGACGCAGCGCGUCUACCGUGAAUAUCAAAGACAGCUCUGGGAGCCGCUGCUGCCGACGGCGGAGGCGGCCGUGUCCUACGCGACGGCGGCCGUCGACAGCACGACGCUGCGCUUCGGCGCGACGCACCCCUGGGGCGCGACGCCCGGCGUCGCCGCCGAGGCGCGCCGCGGCUGCGCGCCGGUCUCGUCCCACGGCGAGUGGCACUUCCACCAGUGGUGCGGCGGCGCCGUGGGCCUCUUCGCCAUCGACACGAAGCACGAGCGCCUGUACAACGGCGGCGCCUGUUUGAUCGGAGAAGACCAGUGGGCGGCGCUCGACGCCGCGCUCGACGCGCCGGGCCUGCGGUGCGUGUACGUCGCGUCGGACACGCCGUUCGUCGACCGGUCGUUCGCCGACGCGGCCGCGCUCGCGGCGUCUGAUCCUAAUUUCUCUCACACGUGGCCGGCGCGCGGCGACGAGCUGCUGCGGCUGUUUCAGCGGCUGGAGGACUGGGAGGCCGGCGGACAGCGGCGCGCGUUCUUGUUAAGUGGUGGGACGCCCUGCGCGUUGCAGACGGAGCUCGCCCUGCGCGGCGCGGGGAACGCGACGGCCGCGGCGCUGCGGGCGGCGGCGCCCGCGCCCGCGCCCCCGGCCCAGCCGCGGCGCCAGCUGCUGAUCCACGCGUGCGGCCCCGUGACGGCUUUUCCCAGCGUCCUGUUUGAGCUUUUAGCAUUCGUUCGACAUAGAGAGACGUCUGAAGUCCACACCCGAUCCAUGGCCAAGCCUACGGCGGAGCCCGCGUAACACGCCUUCGACGCGACCGCCGUCGCCGCAACCACUCACAAACGUACGAACGCAGGCACCGGCGGACAAGCUCGACUUUGAGCUGCGCGGCACGCUCAACGCGGACUACACCUACGCGCACACCGCCACGAAGCGCCAGAGCGUCUCGAUCGUCAUGGCGACGUGGGACGCCGAGGCCGCGCAGAUGGCCUGCGCCGUGGUGCCGCCCGACGGGACUCGUUUUUUUUCAGCGUCCUGCUUUGGGUGUUCGUCUGACAGAGAGAGAGAUGUCUGAGUCUACUGCGGAGCCUACGGAGCCCACGCCCCCCGAAUCCAAGUACACGCCAUCGACGCGACGCCAUCGACGCGCCACGCCGCAGCGACCCCAACACGAUACCAAACGCAGGCAACAACCCGACGCCGCCGACGGGGGGCCUGCCGCCGCCCAGGAGGCCGGCCUGGCUCCGGGAACUCGUCGCGCACGGCGGCCCCACGCCGAAGGCCGACGAGUCCUUCGAGGAGGAGAUGCUGCGCGGCUAUUUGAAAGUGGGACCGGUCCGCGCGGACCUCGAGGCCGUGUUUGGAGAUGUCGGCCCCGGCCAGGACGGGCCCCGGCACUACGCGAAGAAGGCCUUCGGGCCCCUGUCGCACUACUGGCACAACUACGCGCCGUCGCAGAUCCGGGAGCUCUGCGCGCCGCCGUCCGUGUUAUCGAUCGAGGCCGUCGCGGCGCGCUGGGAGAAAAGUGGUUUGGCCGACGGCUUCGCGGGCACGACUUUGGCUCUAAUGGACGCGCGGGCCUUCGUUGUGUUUGCCGGGGAAUGCUUCCGCUUCGGGCUCGUCGUUUCUGGAAGGGUGGCCCUUGGUGCGGCGGAGGCUUCGCGCGUAAGGUUCUCCUCGUAGGGUUGUCUUUUGUGGCGUUCGUGGU